CAAAACUUGGAAUCUACCCUUUCUUGGGUUCGCAUCCAUGUGCUCCAAAACCUUGGGUUUUGUUUCAUCUGCAGAAGAAAUUUCACUCCUUGCCCGAAUUACAUCGCAAUUCCCGCAAAGAGAAGCGAACCCAUUUGGUCGCUUCCUUCGAAGUUCACAUCUUCCUACUUGAUCGAGCCCGGUCUUUCUGUAAUUUGUCCCAUCGUCUGGCCAGAUUUGGAAAUCUAAGCGUUCCGCGAGUUUGCGACCGCCCCGCACGCUUUCGAGAUCCAGCACUUCGGCAAUUCCGAUGCUGCUCUGCGCGUAGACCGGUUCGUCGCAGAACAAACCUCCUUCCCCACGGUUCUUGGUUGGUUUCUUCUGCUGAGCGAAUAAAGGUUGUUUUAGUCAUUGUUAGGUCUGCUGCUGCUUUGUUUCUCAGGGUCCUUGUGUGUCUAAGUAUUGCAACUCCAUUCCAGAAACCUCGUCAUGGGACAGUGUUACCCUAAGUUCUGGCAGUAUCAAAAGGACGAAGGAGAUUCUGAUCACCAUGUUGAAUUUGCUGGUGGGAAUGUACACCUCAUUACUACCAAAGAAAGCUGGGACCAGAAGCUGUCAGAAGCAAAUAGAGACGGCAAGAUUGUGCUUGCAAAUUUCAGUGCAACCUGGUGUGGUCCUUGUAAGCUGAUGGCACCGUUCUAUUCGGAACUGUCCGAGAAACAUACUUCUAUCAUGUUUCUGGUGGUUGAUGUGGAUGAGCUAACUGAGAUGAGCACAUCAUGGGAUAUCAAAGCCACUCCCACUUUCUUCUUCCUCAGAGGUGGCCAGCAAAUCGACAAGCUAGUGGGUUCCAACAAGCCUGAGCUUCAGAAGAAGAUCACUGCAAUCCUUGAUUCAGCCAACCCACGUUAGACAUGAAUUUGUAAUCAGUGUGUGUAUGUUUGUGUGUGUAUUUGGGAUCCUUUUUUCAGCAGAUGCAAGUGUACGGUUUUCUUGA